AUGGAAGAACGUUUUCGUUCUGCUGAUAAGUCUCUCGCUGGUACACUAAUGGCUAAACUCACGACCAUGAAGUUUGAUGGGUCGCGUAGUAUGCAAAAUCAUAUCAUCGAGAUGAAUAAUAUUGCAGCAAGACUCCGGACUUUGGGAAUGAAAGUGGAUGAUUCCUUCUUGGUUCAGUUUAUUCUAAACUCAUUGCCUCCUGAGUAUAGACCAUUCCAAAUUAACUAUAAUACUAUUAAGGAUAAGUGGGAUGUUAGUGAAUUGUCCAGUAUGCUUACUCAGGAGGAAUCAAGACUUAAGAAACAAGAAGGUCAUUCUAUUAACCUCAUGGGUCAAAGAGCUGGUAAAGGACUUAAAGUGAAGGCCAACAAGUUUAAGAAGAAGAAAGCACCUGCUAAAGUUCAACAGGAUGCUCAUAAGGAACUCAAGGAAAUGUGUCGUUUUAUAGAAAGAAGGACACUAUCAGAAAGAUUGCCCGAAACGUAA